AUGCUGAUCAAAGAAUCUCAUGUCGACGUGCCCACCAAGGCCGGUGGACAGGAUGGAUCGAUGAGAAUAUACAUUUUCCAUCCGACCAUUCCGGGCUACCCCAAUGCUAGGUUCCCAGGCGUCGUAGUCUUUAGCGAGAUUUAUCAAGUCACUGGUCCCGUGGCCAGAUUCGCAAGACAAAUUGCUGGUCAGGGAUACAUCUGUGCCGCUCCAUCGAGCUAUCACGAAUUCACGGGCCCUGAGGCAUUGAAGUACGAUGUCGAAGAUACAGACAAAGGCAAUCUGUGGAAGAUCACCAAGAAAGUACAAGCAUACGAUGAGGACGCCUCUCUGUCCGUAGACUACCUCCUUUCCCUGCCCACAUGCAACGGCCGCGUAGGCGCCACGGGAAUGUGUCUCGGUGGCCAUUUGGCAUACCGAUGCGCACUUGAUCAAAGAGUCAAGGCUGCCGUGUGCUACUUUGCGACUGACAUCCACAGCGCGACUUUGGGAGAGGGCAAGAGUGAUGAUAGCUUGAAGCGGGCGGGUGAUAUUAGGGGAGAGUUGAUUAUGAUCUUUGGAAAGAAUGAUAACCACGUCCCGGCCGAAGGACGAGAUUUGAUCCGCAAGACUCUGCAUGACAAGGGUGUUUUGUUUAGUUUUUAUGAAGUUGCUUGGGCUCAACACGCAUUCAUCCGUGACGAACUCAGUAAAGGCCGCUACGACCCGGCCAUUUCGAAGGUCUGCUUUGAGAUGCUUCUGGAAUUGUUCAAUCGGACCUUGAAGCUGGAUUUGGGUGAUCAUGACGGGAAGAAGCUAGAGAUUGAGGACGUGUGUUAG